CUAUAAAGUGAUGAAGUAGAUGUAAAAGGCAACAAGUCAGACCGCAUGUCGCCAAUUUAAAAGCUUCCUCGUACGAAGGACUUCCUGGUUUACUUCACCUGCCAAUAAUCCUUAACUGGAACGGUCACGUGAACGGCGAUAGGAGGGAUCCUGUGUUUACGUAUCAUCCGUGUAAAAACGAACUUAUGGUUAUAACGGUAUAAUGUGGUGGCUGGUGUGAGAUCUCCUGCAUGACCGGUGGUGUGUGGUUAUACAGACCAGGACCUUGUUAGACGUAUAUAAGGGUAACACUACCCUUGAAAUAAUAAUAUUUGUAGCAGCUGUUGGAUACACCCGUACAGAAAGAAGGUCUUAUAAAGGGGGAUCGUAUAACGUCAUUCCUCCAUCGAUUCAGAUAUGAUUGCCGUGCUCCAUACACUUCUGCUGAUGCAGCUAACGUAUGCUAGGACGUACGAGAGCAGCAAUUCCAUAGCAGUGAAAAAAUCAGCCGUAAAGUAUGCAGGACCAAUGGUAUAUUCGAAUUUACCACCUCCUGUGGUAUACUUUCCCACAAUGCCAAAAAUUCCAAAGAAUAUGAUCGGAAGCAGCGAAAGUGGACCGUCCAGACCAGUUGAAUAUAUCCCUCUUCCUUAUCAAGAUCUACCAGUUCUAAUUUACCAAUCCAAACAUCAUCCACCUGUACACGUUGUACAUAACAAUAAACACGGAAGUUAUUCUAGUAGCCAAGAUAGUAAUAAAGGCUACCUUUCAACUUCCGGUAAAGAUACUUCAACUCAAGAAGGUGGGAGAGGUUUCGGUAAAUUUUCGAAUAAUUACGAUGAUUAUGAACAGGGAGCGGCUUCCGAAUCAUACAAUCAAAUUGCAACUUAUUCACAGCUACCGUCUAGUUACGAAGGUUACAGACCUACAGCCGGAUAUGCACAGACAUCAGAAUCUUAUUCGCGACUCCCAAGUGGUUAUCAAUCUCAAGAUACCAGAUUCAACAGUGCAUAUCACGAUGAGUAUAGUCCCACUGCUGAAGAUUUCAGUCAGAGUAGUACUUCUACUUAUUCUUCAUACAGUAAGCCAUACAAAGGGCAAUAUACAAGGAAUAAGUUAUCUUUUCAACAUCAAUCUCCUUACGAUUCACACAUAACGUCAAAUAGUAUUAAAAAUUUAAUAAAAUCUGUCAGUCAUCCUUCACCCGUACCGUAUCAAGCUGAUGAGAGUUAUAUGAAACCCAUUGUAUCAUAUCCACCCGAGACAUUACAGAUCUAUAAAGGAAGCAAUUAUGGUUAUGAUUCGCGUGGUCAUCAUUCUGUCUAUCAGCCAAAACCCAUUUUUCUAACCUCUCCGAGUACCUCAAAUGCGGUUUAUAUUCCUCGUCCUCCUCCCCAUUCUACUCCUGGAGAUGAUGAUGAUGGUGGUCGAUACGGAAGUAAUCGAGAUAUGAGUAACUUUCCAUCUUUGUCCAUGCCUGCUCCACAUAUAAUUUACACGGGUCACCCACCCAUUCACGUUUUUCCUCAACCGAUUAUCGUUAAAGAAGCAUCUAAACCAUCCGAUUCGGCUUUAGAAGAAGAACAGGGUGAAUAUGCACAAGCUAGUGAAGGCCACAGUGUAAGUUAUGGUGGGUACAAAGAUCCUUCUAGUGAUGGAUAUAAUUAUAAGGGCAAUUCGUAUAGCAACGAAAAUAAUAAUGGAUAUAACUCUGCAAGCAGUACUUACCACGAUAACAGGCAGCCUUCAGACACAAACACGGCUUACAGUGAAGGUAAUGAUCAUGGAUCGUCAUCUGAUGAUAAUUCAUCGCCAUCGAGACCCAGUUAUAGCUCAAACAAUUCGCCUAGUAGCGGAGGAAAAUUUUAUGGAAGCGUAAGCGGAAGCGGAAAUUCAAAUAAGGGCACUUACACUUAUACUAGAUAUCCACCCUCUUAUGAAUAUGGAUUGACUUCUGGUUAUGGCGAUGGUAGCAACAUAUUUGGAAGCGGAGGAUUUCAUUUUGGUGGUUAUGAAGGUUUAAAAUUGAGACCUUCGGGCGGUAUAAUGGGAAGACUCACUGCUCUGGGUAGUUCGCUAUUCGUUAGAAGACCAUUCAGUCUUAGUUCCAUGUUUAGCAAUUACAGACCAUCUACUUAUUACCUUCCUUCAAGUUAUCAUACCUCCGGAAGUAGUAUAAGUAGCAGUUAUAAACCAAUGGCAAACUCCGGCUAUACAGAUCAUAUUACGAGCUCUUCUCAAAAUACAGAAUCGUACAAUGGAGUAAAUUCCGAUGAAAAUGAAGAAAUCCCGUAUCCUAAAGUUAACUAUAAAGUUCCACCAACAUCUUCCACAGCUUCUCCUUACCAUCAAAAACCUCCAAUAAUAAUUUAUCAAGGAAUAAGACCACCAGUAUAUGUUUAUAGUCAAACAGCGCAAGAGAAAAAUGACGAAGGAACAAGCUCUUCAUUAACAGAAACUCAAAAAGAUUCCACACCUCAAAUAACUUAUGAAAACGAAGAAUCAUUACCAAAUUAUCAUCAACCGACAUUCAGCCAGAAAGAAUCCAUUCAACAAAGCGAAUAUGAUUCCAAUCAACAACAGAAUUCAUACGAAGCUUCACCGGUAAGUCCCGAAGAUUUUCAAUCAGAUUCAGAAAUUCAAAAUUACGAUACAAAUGCAGUAGAAAGAGCCGAUCAUCCAGAUGAAUCUGAAGAACCGGAACAUCCUCAAGAUCUUACAGAUAGAAGCGGAUGGGUACCCAUAAAUUUUCCUGAAGAUCAAAAGGAAGAAUCAGUAGAAGGUAGAGUAGAAGCUGAAAUUUUGGUUUCGUGAUUCGUAUGGACUAUAAAUAAUAAAAUGUAGUCCCAAUAAAACGUACAAAUAAUAAUAUCUUACGUAUAUAAUCUUAGAUAAAUCCAA